GUUUACUACUCUGAUUUUCAGAUCAAGUAAAGAAAAAAAAAUUAUUUUAAUUAAUUUAACAAGAAACAAAGAGACGUAAAUAAUUUGGAAGUAAUUUAGAGAUUAAAUGGAAGGCUAAUAAACAGGAUAAACAGCAAGAAAGGUGAAAUAAAAAUCAUAUAUAUAGCCAAUAAUGGACGAGACCGAGGAUUCACCAACGUCUUUAUGGAUGAUAAGAGCUGCAGAGCUAUUUCCAAAGGAAAGAACGGAAAAAGAAGACGCUAAUUUGCAAAUUCCGUUUAAUGAACUGCCUGGCGAGUCAGUGAAAUACAUAGGAAAAUGUGAAAAUGGAAAGCUUGCAAUAUCAAAUUAUCGCUUAUAUUUAUCAAAUUCUGCAAAAUCGUUUGAAACGUCAAUUCCAUUGCGUGUCAUUGAGGCAGUUCAGAUAAAAGAAAUUUUCCAAUUAAUUAUAAGCUGUAAAGAUUCGGUCACAUACGUUUGUUCCUUCUCAUCGAAUGAGUCGUGCGCUGAGUGGUAUAAUCGGAUUGCAAUUGCAACGGGUGUGCCUGAUCAACUUGAAAGUCUUUUUGCAUUUCCAUUUCAUGCAUGGGUAUCGGAAUCAACAACUUGCCUCGAUCAAGAAUGGUUUAAUCGAUUACAGCAUGCAACAGACUACGAUGAAUAUUUUCAACGUGAACUCGAACGCUUACAAUUUGAUUUAAAAGGAGCUUGGCGAGUGUCAACAAUUAAUUCUGAUUUUAAAUUAUGUCAAUCGUAUCCCAAACAAAUGAUUGUUCCUGCUUGUAUAUCCGAUGAAACACUUACUUCAGUUUCUAGCUUUAGAAGCUCCAAACGCAUUCCUGUUGUCACUUGGAGACAUCGUUCAGGUGCAAUUAUUUGCCGUUCAUCACAGCCAGAAGUUGGAUGGCUUGGAUGGAGAAAUAAUAAGGAUGAACAGCUACUGAAAGCACUUGCCGAUGCUUGCUCGUUUGAUAAUGGCACAAAUUCACCAAAGACAGAAUUAGAACUAGAUUCAUCCGAUACAUCACAAACAGAAAAUGUAGAUAUUGAUAAACCUAAGAAAAUUUUAAUUGUAGAUGCACGAUCUUAUGCCUCUGCUGUUACAAACAGGGCGCGUGGAGGAGGUGUAGAAUGUGCCGAGUACUAUCCUUCAGCGGAAAUACAAUUUAUGAAUUUAGGAAAUAUUCAUGUUAUUAGAAAAUCCUUUCAAAGUCUUCGUCAGUUAUGUGCACUUGAAAUGGAUAUUCCAAAUUGGUAUAGCUUAUUAGAGAAGACAAACUGGCUUCAGCACAUUUCCGGACUCAUAUCUGCCACAAAUAUUGUAUGUCAUGCAAUUGAGAAAAGUAAUCGUCCAGUCUUAAUUCACUGCUCAGAUGGAUGGGAUAGAACCCCUCAGAUAUCGGCCACAGCUCAGUUAUGUCUAGAUCCAUUUUAUCGGACAAUUGAAGGCUUUAAAAUAUUAGUAGAGAAAGAAUGGCUGAGUUUUGGACACAAGUUUGGUGAUCGUAUCGGUCAUGGUGUUGGAAGUGAUGAUACGAAUGAGAGAUGUCCAGUAUUUUUGCAAUGGAUAGAUUGCAUUCAUCAAAUACAUCAUCAGUAUCCGUGUAAUUUUGAAUUUUCAAAGGGAUUUCUCAUAAAAUUAGCCCAGCAUGUUCAUUCGUGCUUAUUUGGGACAUUCUUAUGCAAUACAUACAAAGAGAGAAUAGAAAAUUCAAUUUUCGAUCGGACUUUUUCUGUGUGGCCUUUCCUAUCAUCACCAAUCUAUAAGAAUCCAUUAUAUCAAGCGAAUCGCGACAAAGUUUUAUGGCCAUCACAUAAUGUUCGCAAUUUGAUAUUCUGGAAUGACUUUUAUUUAGGUAGCUUUCAUACGCCGCAUAAUAAUGGAAAUUUAGAGAUUUCAAAUGAUACAAUUUACACAGAGAACGGUAUAAUAAAGACGAGAAGCUUCGAUGAUUUAGUAUCGGAAAUAAAAAGUAAGGAGAAUUCUACUCGAAGACUUAGUGAUCCCUCAAUAGUAUUUGGCGAUAAUAAUAUGCCAUUAACAGUAAGCAUUUUUCAAGAAAAUUCAUCCUCGUCAUCAGCAACAACAGCAACCAACAAUAAUAUAAAUCAUCAUAACAAUAUUAAUCAGCAGAACAGCAUCAAUAAUACUAUUAAUAAUAUUGACGUGAUUAAAAUAAUGGAAAAUGGAAGUAAAGUCGUGAAUGGAGACAGUAGUGAAUUAAAAUGUGAUGUGGAAUCAAAGGAAAUUAUAAAUUGUAAUGGAAAUAAUCAUCAUGAUGAUUUAAAUAAUUUUAAAAAUGCCCAAAAUGGAACUGACAAUGACAAAAUUACUGAAAGUACUAUAAAUGAUAAGAUUGAGGACGAGAAAAUCAAUGGAAAUGGACACCAUGUUCCGUUCGAUGACUGUAAUAAAGAUGAGGUAGAUAGCGUAAAGGCAAUCGAAAUUGAAACUAAACUUAGUGGUGAUAUGAAUGUGAAAGCAUGUACAAUGCCAAUAACUAUUGAUAAUUUAGAACAACAUUUGAAAAGAACAAAAUUAAACUAUCCAAGCGUCAAUGGACAUAAAAAUGAAAGUGAUACGAAAAGCAAGAAAGAAAGCACAUCAUCAAAUGAUUCACAACUUUCGACGCCUGCAUUGCGCUCAGCGACACCUGCAAUAUUGGAUCGUAACUUUAUACUUCCUGACGGUUUAUCACAUGCAUUGAGUCAAGAAAAUUUACGGCUACAGCAACUAGUCUAUGAACAUAAACUCAAAGAGGAAGCACUUCAGAAUGAACUUUAUUUAAUGAGAUUAGCAUUACUAAAAACCACAUCUUGUCAGUGCAACAAUAAUCAAAAUACUAAAACGAAUAGUGCAAAUAUGUCGGAAGAUGCGCAUCCGGAAUGUAAUUCAGAGAAUUCGAUAUGUUCGUGGGAGGCAGUAGAAGAGAAAUGCGGUCCUACAAUAACGCCUUGGAUUCCCGAUCAUGCACGAAAUAAAUGCAAAAUUUGUCAAAUUGAGUUCUGGUUGGGACGAAGGAAACAUCAUUGCCGUUUCUGCAAGGAGAUAUUUUGUGCAGAUUGCAGUGACAAUUUUGCUCAGUUACCAAAUGAAGCUUGUCAACCACCAGUAAGGCUCUGCGAGACAUGCUACAAAUCUAUUACUGAAAAAGAUAAUUAAAUGUGGGAAAUAUUAAAGAAAAUAUUAUUUGAAAAAUGUUAUUUUGAGGUUUUAAACAAUUCUUACACUAUAAUAAUACUAUAAAGAUUAUAAUAAAACAGAUGAUUUAUUAAUUGUUUUAAAGAAAAGGACAGAAAAUCAA